UUGAUAUAUGUUGUACAUCUAUAUUGCAAUUUCAGAUAAGCUGGACAUGGCUGAAAGACUCAGUAUCAAUGCAAUCACUUCAACAACUGAAGAGUGGACCUGCAAGAUCCAAGUAGUAGACAAAGGACAGCCGCGAGAGAACCAACAAAAGACCAAAAAAUUCCAGCUUAUGCUACUGCAAGAUGAACAAGAAACUCAAGUUGAAGCUCUUAUCUUUGGUGCGGAUAUUGGACAUUAUAAAGAUUUGUUCGAGCCUUUUCAGACUUAUUUGGUGUCCGCAGCAAAUGAGAAGCAAUCAAGCCAUGCCUAUGGAACUCCCAUUCAUGACUUUACUUGGACAAUGGACAGUAGCACAAUUGUUGAACCAAUAGAAAAAGUUAUUCCUCCAGAAGAUCCACUGCCGCCACCAACGCGGCUAACACUUGUACCAUUUGAUGAUCUCGACUAUCGCCCCAUUGGAUAUGAAUUUGGUAUUUCAAUAUAUUCCUGUACAUAUAGUUCAUUGAUUACUACAACACAAUAAUUUCUACCAUCCUUUGAGUUACUUUACGUUCUUUGUUAACUACAAGAUGUUCUUGCCAUUUGUAAUUAACGGUCGCCCUUGGACAUAUGCGCAUAAUGGGAGCAAAAUGCAAGAGUUCAUCAUCAUGGAUUAUCAGUAAG